CCCUAGGCGGUGUUUGCCCUCAUCAAAGAUGGCGGUCGGAAGCACCCCGGGUUAUUAGGCUCCCACCCCUCUCUCCUCGCCUGCUCGUUGGUGUUCGUGGGAGAGAUGGCGGCGGCUGAGCUGGAGUACGAGUCCGUCCUCUGCGUGAAGCCCGAUGUCAACGUCUACCGCAUCCCGCCGCGAACUUCCAACCGCGGGUACAGGGCAUCUGACUGGAAACUGGACCAUCCAGACUGGACAGGGCGGCUUCGUGUCACUUCCAAAGGCAAAACUGCAUACAUAAAACUGGAGGAUAAGGUUUCAGGAGAACUCUUCGCCCAGGCUCCUAUAGAUCAAUACCCUGGCAUUGCAGUAGAGACUGUGACAGAUUCCAGCCGCUAUUUUGUCAUUCGAAUUCAGGAUGGGACAGGACGAAGUGCUUUUAUAGGCAUUGGCUUCACGGAUCGUGGUGAUGCCUUUGACUUCAACGUCUCUUUGCAAGAUCACUUCAAGUGGGUGAAGCAGGAGUCUGAGAUCUCCAAGGAGUCCCAGGAAGCCGAAACACGUCCUAAAUUAGACUUGGGGUUUAAGGAAGGGCAGACCAUCAAAUUGAACAUUGGGAACAUGACAACAAAGAAAGGAGGAGCAGCCAAACCCCGUGUCUCUGGAUCAGGGGGCCUAAGCCUGCUGCCACCUCCACCAGGAGGCAAAAUUGCUGUCCCUCCUAUACCUCCACCUUCUUCCACAGCCAUUGCUAACCAUGUCACACCUCCACCUGUGCUGAAAUCCAGUAACAUGAGCAGUUCAGAUAUUCUACUAGACUUAGAUGCUCCUGCGUCUGUGUCCAAGGCACCAGCAUCAGCUACCACAGACCUCUGGGGAGACUUCAGCACUGCAUCCAGUGCUGUUCCAAAUCAGGCUCCUCAACAGUCCAACUGGGUCCAGUUCUGAAUGGUUAAAGUGGAAUGGGACAAACUGAUGACCAAGAGGCUCUAGAGGCACCAAAUGGGAUCAGAAGGGGCACAAACCAAUCUCGUCUUCAAUCAGAAACAAGUUGGGACAAUCCUUUCUUUUUAAAACAGAUCUUCACUUCAGUCAAAACUGAUCCCACAAUGAAAUCAUUGAACUUAAAGAGAACAUACUCCUCACAUGAUGGGCAAGGAGGAGAGAGGUAGCCUCAUCUCUUCCACCCCCUCAGCUGUUACAUGGUACACCCUAGCUCUUUUUGCCCAUUUUUUUCAUGCAGGGAAAGUGAAAAUCCUGAAGAAGGUGGGUACGGGAGGAGGCUGGGUAGGUGCCUCUGGGUUCCUUGUCCUUUAAAUUUUCUCUGGUUAGACUGCUGCUUUUUGUGGCUGCUUUCAGUAGUGACUCAAGUCUGCAGCUUUGCCUGCAGUGCCGAGGACAGCCACAUUUGGCUGCAGCAUGUAAGUGGAAGCUGUAAGAAGACAGGUCUUGUCUCAACACAAAACCCUUUCUGAUUAAUUAUAUCUGUGGUGAGGAGUGAGCUACUCCAUGCACACACUACUUUUCUUCUUCUCUUUAGUGCAAUUCUUGAUAGUGCUGGAUGUUCUCGUGCUCCUGUGGGAGGAGUCAUGCAAGUCCUUGAGUAGACCUGCUGCCAUUGUGCUGUAGCUCCAGAUGGGCACCCCAUCUUGAGGCUUCUUGUUUGACUUGCAGGUUUACUGGAGGAAAUUCUCUUAUUUUUGCUCAUAUCUCCUGCUCAUGCAGAGGCCUCAUUGUCAUUGAGCUGUUUUAGACCACCAGGUAAUCCCACCACUGAGCAUUUCAUGUUCCUGCAUCGCUAUCCUGAGCCCUGGCCUUGUGUUGUGACUUGGCACUGUGUUACAAGUAUUGUAUAACCAUGCCACAGUAAGAACUAUGGUGGGACAGUAGGUUACUCUUACCCUUUUCAGCUCACGCUUAGAAUAAGCCUAGUCCUAAGAACUGUGGCAGCAAAAUUUUCCCACCUGUGUUCCUUCAUGUGUUUUUUUCUGAGGCUACUUUGUAGUGAUGUGAGCUGGUUAUUGUAACUUGUAAUUUUAUUUUAUUAAAUUUUUAAUAUGCCCCAAUCCCCCUCUAUUUCCUCUGUGGUUUAGGGGGUUAGAAAGAGAUAAAAGGCCCUCACUAUUUGCCGUUCUCUUUGGGAGCGUUUCUUAAGGUCCUUCGAUCUGGACACUGUUCCAUCCUCAGCAGCUAUGGCUGUGAUCUGGGGUGUAAGUCUGCUGAAUCUUCUGGGCAAAGCCCACAGGCAGGCUGGAAACAUCACAGUGCCAGCUGCCCUCUGUGGUAGCUGAUAAGCCAAAACACUGGCUAGGAAGGGUAUCUCAGUGACUCAGCUGUACCGACAUACUAAAACACUAGGGUUUUGGUAGUUCAAGUAGAAGGCUUCUUCCUGCUUUGAUCACUCAGCCAGCAGCAGCACUUUUGUAACUGGGACACACUCUGCAUGCAUACUUGUGCAAGUAAAUUUUUCCCAUUGGGCAAAGUCUUCCUAGUGAGGCUUCUAAAAGAGAGUAGUUACCUGUAGACACCGUGUACUUGCAAAGGUGUCUUGUCCUUUUUGACUUCUUUUCUGCACUGAGGGCAUUUUUGAGAUGAAGUUUCACUUAGACCAUCCCUCUGGGAAGCAAAGUUCUUGAAAAUAGCUCUAAAGCUGCUGUAGUUCCACUUAUGGAAGUGGGGACCAGAGUGCUCUUGGGUGUAUUUUAAGUAGUCAUUUGAUUUUGAUCUCCUUUCUCUCUUGGCGUGCCCCCUGCCAUCCCUCCCUGCCUUCAUAGUCACUCCUACAGUCUUGUACUUCCUGCCUCUCCUGAAUCUGUGGGUGGCUGUUAAUCUGCUGGUAAAGUCAUGGGCUCUGCUGGUUGAUUUUGGGGUUUUUUGGAUUUUUUUUUGUUUUGUUGGGGUUUUUUUGGGUUGUUUUUUUAUUUUGGGGGGGUGGUGUUUUUUUGGUUUUCUCUCAAGUUGUUGUGAGGUCCUGUCAUUUCAACUAUGUAUCAGUUCCCCAAACCAAGGAAGUUCAUAGCACCAAUUAACUAAGUAGGAGCCUCUUCUGUAUUGUCUUAGUAUUCUGGAGAUAAUAUAUUAUGUAUUUGAAAAGCUGAAGAAGCAAAAAUUAAAGAUAUAUGUAUAUAAAGCAUAAGACGUACUGGUGCAAAUGGUAAUUA